GCUAUGAUGACAAAUACGUACCAAAAAAUCCUCGUUCGAUCUAGAAAGGAGUGGCAAAGACAGUGGGCUAAGAUCGUAGUGGUAAUGGAACGUUCCUGUACAAAACAACACCUACAGAAGUACCAACAACUGUACUCCAUUGAUGCACCGAAACCCAAAUCCAUGGCAAAGAAGAUAUCGGAAAGUACAGCAACUAUGACCCAUAGUUCCAACAGAAACAUAGGAUCCAUGACUUCGUUUGGUGAUGCGUCAAGUUACGUUUCGACGAUACACGCCGAUGGGCAGGAGGAAGACGAGAUGUGCCCUGCUCUCAUGAUUGUCAAACCUAUCACGAAUGGUGUCGACAUGAAGACGAACAAGAGCAAACUAUUAUUCAGAGGGCAAAGUGGUGAUUCUGAUGAUGACGACGAGAGUCAGAUGUCACUCAGAGAUUGGAAGGUCGUAAGUAGUAAUGCCAGACAAAAACUCGCCAUUCAGGGCACGAAGGGGUCGAAAUCGAAACACAAAGCGUCAGAAAAACGGAAGAAAUCCGCCAGUUUCCUAGUAGGCACCAAACCGAAGAGCAGCAUAUCAGUGGAGCCGUUAAUAUCGAACUUGGACGGUAGUCGACCAGUAAGUCGACAUUCAGACAGUCGACCUACCAGUCUUAAGUCUGACGUUGGUACUAAUACAUCUGACGUAUCAACUCCGAAGACGUAA